AUGCUACAGAUAGCAAUUUAUCUCUUUGCUGUCUCGAUCUUUGAAGAAACUCUUAAAAAGUUUAACAUAGAUUUUAGUAAAUGUUCUUCGAUUACAACUGACGGUGCGAAAGCGAUGACAGGUUCAAAGAUAGGAUUUGCUGGCCAAUUAAAACAGCGAAAUUUAAAUAUCCCCAUUAUACAUUGCAUAAUACAUCAGGAAGCAUUAGCCGGUAAAGUUGUAAAACUUUCAACAGCUAUGGAGACUAUCACUAAAAUAAUCAAUGAAAUUAAAGGUGGACACAAAUUUCUGACUCACCGAAAAUUUAAAUUAUUUCUUGACGAACAUAAAGCUGUUUACACAGAUGUCCCACUUCAUUGUCCAGUUCGUUGGCUUAGUGCUGCAAAAUGUUUACAAGUAUUUUUCACAAUAAGAAAAGAGAUUCUUCUUUUUCUAAAAGAAAUGAACAAAUCAAAAUUUCAUGAAUAUAUAUCCCUUUUGGAAGAUGUCACAUUUCUUACUGAACUCGCUUUUAUUACUGAUAUAAGUAAUCAACUUAGGUUUCUCAAUUUAAAGCUGCAAAAGAUGAAUCAAAAUAUUUCCCAGUUAGUCAGUCAUGUUAAUUCUUUUCGAAGAAAAUUACAGGCAUUGAAAUCUCACUUAAAUGAUAAUAUAUUUCACUUUUUUCCCUCAUGUCAGAUUAUUCUCGAAGAACAUGGCAAUGUUUGUAAUUUCAAAGAAUAUACUCAUUUUCUAGAUUCUCUAAUAGACGAAUUCGAUAAGCGGUUUACUUGUUUCGAGAAACUUAAAACCGAAUUAAUUCUUUUCGAGAAUCCCCUUACAGCUCCAAUUGAAGAACAGCAUCUUGAUUUGCAGGAUGAAUUAUUUGAUUUACAGAACGAUAUUUCGCUUAAAACGAUUAAAGAAACUGGUGUCGAUUUUUACAAAAUGUUGAAAGAAUCAUCAUAUCCCAAGCUUCGAGAUUUCGGACUUCGAAUUCAUUCUAUGUUUGGAUCCACAUAUUUAUGUGAGACAUCAUUUUCCAAAAUGAAAUUAAUAAAAAAUGAAAGACGUUCUUCCUUGAGUGAUAAUUCUUUACCUCGUCUUAUACGGAUCGCUACGAGUAAUAUGAAAAUCGACGUUUCUGCUUUCGCCCGUAAAAGAUUCCGAAAAUCGUAUUGA